CUUCAGAAGAAGAGAAUACCCUUUGGUGGAUAACGGUUCCAGCGUCUGAGGCAGGAGAAGAAGAAGAAUUGUCUUGCCUUAUUUGCAUUCUCUGGGUUCCUUUCAUUUGCGUCACUAGGGCCUUGCUUCGUAGCUGGAUCGCCCUGUCCUCUCAUUGCAGGUACGGCACUCGAUUGUUUCGUGACUCUUCGCUCAGCAAGGUCAGGCGGAUUCUGUUUAUUUUUGUCCCGUUCGCUCCAGCAAAUCGUCCGGAAAUGUCGGGCAUCCCACGGCCUUGCAGCCCGAAACGCCGGUCGGUCCCCUGCGCUGAACGACCUCCGGCAACCGGUACACGAGUUCCGAACCAAACUCGUGGUCCAGUCAUAGUUUACAGCGCCAAAACGCAAGAAAGUGCGUCGCCCCUGUACCGAGAAGCGCCACAAGUCAUUCCAGUCUUGGGAAUGCCGCUACAGGAUUGGGGACACGAAAUUAGGAUACAGCACGAUGAGGCUCCGAGCCAUCUGGAUGAACAGCACCUCCAUAUCGUCCUCUGCUUUCAAUCCGCUAUUGUUACGCUUCUGUUGCUGCUGUUCUUUGCCUUACCGUUGACCAUGAUCGCCGUUGGAACGCUGAACCUGUCCAACUGUAAAGUCCACAAGGGGAUUCCGCUCUGCCUGAUGGUGGGAGGCUGUACGUACUUCGUGCUUCCUUUGCUGAGCGCUGCUCUGGACUGGAACGCUCGCAACUCGUACUGUCCGAUGGUCAUAACAGUGUUAGGUGUAGUGGCUGCAGGUGCGUCUGCGACGGGAGCCGUGUUGGUCUACCGUAACGCGUGGCCUUCUGCGGACAGGAACGACGUGCGCUACUGCGACCCCGUUGUAUACUACUUCUCCUUCGUUAUGUGGACCGCAUUUCUAGUGUUCGUUCCGGUUGUCCUUGUGGUGACGGCGUUUGUUUUUCAGAAGUAUGGAAAGAAAGCCAGACGUCGAAGGUAUAGACGUGAGCAGCGUAUGUGAAAAGGCAGAUAAUUCUUAUAUUGAUAAAUAAAGGGACAGACGUGA